AAAAGUUCGUGACGGGACAGAAGAAUUAACAGAAAUGGGCUCGAUUCCCUUUACUUCACUGCAAAAUGUUGGAUGUCAUUUGCAAAUUGGAAGUAGAUUUGGCAUGGUCUACGAUGGAGGAAUUUUACCCUCCCACAUCGUAAAUUUCCUUCAAAAGCGAUAAGAGGUAUGAUGGGUUUCUGAGUUUCAGGGGAAAAGAUGUGAGAAUGAUACUGCUUGAUAAUCUCUUUCGAGCUCUGUCCGAAGCCGGUUCGCAAGUCCUUUUAGAUAGCCACAAAUUGAAAAAGGGAGAAAUAAUUUGGUUAGGGUUCCUAUGUUUUCCCAAGGCUAUACAGAUUCAGCUUGGUGUCUCAAGGAGGGGGCUGCAGCAAAUUUUGAGAACCCAGGGCUUAAUCAUAAUUUGGUUAGGGUUCCUAUGUUUUACCAAGGCUAUGCAGAUUCAGCUUGGUGUCUCAAGGAGGAGGCUGCAGAAAAUUUUGAGAACCACGGGCUUAAUCAUAAUUUGGUUAGGGUUCCUAUGUUUUCCCAAGGCUAUGCAGAUUCAGCUUGGUGUCUCAAGGAGGAGGCUACAGCAAAUUUUGAGAACCCAGGGCUUAAUCAUAAUUUGGUUAGGGUUCCGAUGUUUUCUCGAGGCUAUGCAGAUUCAGCUUGGUGUCUCAAGGAGGAGGCUGCAGCAAAUUUUUAGAACCCAGGGCUUAACCAUUUCUCUGUUUUAUGACGUGAAUCCAUCUGAAGUUAGUUCUUCUCUAAAGGACUACAAUUCAUAUAAGAAAUCAGUUUUGAGACAUUAUAGCCAUCCAGAUCAAUACCCAGAAGAAGAGAUUGCUGGAUGGAAGCGUGCCCUUGAAGAGAUCUGUUCUCGCUCAGACUGGUCCAUGGAGAUAGCUGGAGGUUUCGAAGCUUUAGUAAAGACGGUGGUGAAGGACGUGAUUGAAACAUUGGACAGAGUUCCUCUACAAGUUGCCAAGCACCCAGUGGGACUGGAUAGAGUGAAGAAGGCUCUCAUUCAAAAAUUAAAUCUGAAUUCAGCGGGAAGUGUGGUUAAAGCUGAAAUAUGGGGUAUGGGUGGUAUUGGAAAGACAACGAUUGCCAAGGCUGUUUACAAUGAGAUUUAUGCUGAUUUCCACGCUGCUUCUUUUGUAUUUAAUGUCCGCUCCACUGCCACAGAGGCCAUGGGCCUUGCAACUGGGCUGACAAGAAUGCAGAAAAAAAUUCUUAAAGAUUUAUCCAAAUAUGGUGGGGAAGUGGAUAGCGUUGAUGAGGGCAUAUCUUUGUUCAAAGAUCAUUUGGGAGGAAAACGUAUCCUACUCGUUUUAGAUGAUGUGGAUUCUAAGGAUUAAUCAAAUGCUUUGGUUGGGGAUAGGCUGACCCCUGGCAGCAGGGUUAUUAUAACUUCCAGAAACCAACACAUUCUCAAUGAUGCUGGAGUCUCAUCAGAAUGCAUCCAAUUGAUCAGUGGAUUAGAGAUAAAUGAAGGUCUCAAGUUAUUCAGCUGGCACGCCUUUCUCAGAGAAUCUCCAAGUCCCGGUUAUGAAAAUCUAUUCAAAGGAAUAGUUGAAGCUUGUAAGGGGCAUUCUCUUUCACUGGAAGUUAUUGGAUCUUUCUUGUAUGAUAAGCAGAACGAUCCAGAUUGCUGGACAGAAGCUCUUCACAACAUUACCAAACACCCAACCAUUCACAAAAUACUAUGUAUCAGUUAUAGUGCUCUUCAGCUUCUUCCGGUGCCCCUGCAUCGUCUUCCUCUGCUGAUGCCUCUACGGCUUAUUGCUGAAUGUGACGGGGGUGACGGGGCGUAAGAAUGUCUCCCAGGUACUUCAAAACAGAGUCCCCCCCUCUCUAAUAUCAGGAACUAGUACGCGCCAGUAGUCUCCCCAAGGCCAGGCCCCCCCACCCGAGGUAGGGUUGGAGGAAUAUCUUAGUGACGAGGAAAAAGAAAUAUUUCUGGACAUAGCUUGCUUCUUCAUUGGAGAAGAGAAAAUGUACCCCAUUGUUUUCUGGAAAUCGUUGUACAAGAUGGUAAAUAUUGCUAUAUCAAAUCUUUCAAUGAAGUUGCUGAUAAAGAUUGACGACAAAGGUGUGCUAGAUAUGCAUGACCAUUUGCGAGAUAUGGGGCGAACGAUUGCUGAAAAAGAGGGAACCCGAGUAUGGAAGGCUGCACAUUUAAGCUCUGCAUCCGACAAUACCAAUUUCUCUCGCAUUCGGCUCAAUGGAGGUAAUUCACAAAGGCCUGAAAUGUUGUACAGACCUGGUCUUCGCUAUCUUCACUUGCAGUGUGUGCCCAUUGAAGGCAUGACAGAAGACACGCUUGCUGGGCUUCCUCCAAGUUUGAUAUGGUUGAGGUUGGAACAUCGUCCCUUUGCAACUGGGAAGAAGACAGCUCUUUCGAGAUUUGGGUGUAACAUUUGGCAAUUGUCAAAGAAAGGGAUGGAGAAGCCAGAUCGCUCCAGAUUUGUGGGCAACAUCGCGCAAUUGAGGUUUAUGCAGUUAAAAUACUGCUAUGACUUUGACAGCCUUUGUAUCUCCUCAUUAUUUUCACUCCCUAAUAUACAGCUGCAGCACUUGGACUUGACAGGGUGUGAAGGCUUAAAUAAGCUCCUUGGUACCAUCGGCAACUUGUCACAGUUGGAGCACUUGGACAUGUUUCAUUAUACCAGGUUAAAUAACCUCCCUCGGACCAUUGGCAGUCUGUCACAACUCAAGCACUUGAACUUGAGUUGGUGUAGAAGUUUGAAAAUCCUCCCUAUACCAUUGGCACCUUGUCACAGCUGCAGUACUUAGACUUGGGAGGGUGUGAGAGACUAAAUAGCCUCCCUGAUACCAUUGGCAACCUGUCACAGUUGCAGGACUUGAGCUUGAGGUGCUGCAGAAACUUAAGAAUCCUCCCUCAUACCAUUGGCAACCUUUCACAACUGGAACACUUAGACAUGAGUGAGUGUAGAAACUUGAAAAUGCUCUCUGACACCAUUGGCAACCUGUCACAACUACGGCACUUGUACUUAAGAUCAUGUAGAAGCUUAAAUAAUCUGCUUGAUACCAUUGGAAACCUAUCACAGUUGCAGCAUUUGGACUUAAGUUGCUGUAUAAACUUAAAAAUCCUUUUUGAUACCAUUGGGAACCUGUCACAACUUGAGCACUUGAACUUGAGUUGGUGUAGAAACUUAAAAAUCCUCCCAGAUGCCAUUGGCAACCUGUUACAGCUGCAGCAAUUGGACUUGAGGUGGUGCGAAAGGAUAAAAAUCCUCCCUGAUACCAUUAGCAGCCUUUCACAGCUGCAGCAAUUGGAUUUAAGAUGGUGUAGAAUCUUAAGUAACCUCCGUGAUACUAUAAUCAACCUGUCACAGCUGCAGCAUUUAGACUUGUCUUUUCUGGAAGAAGCUUAAGCCGCCUUCCUGAUACAUUUGUUAACCUGUGAAAGCUGGA